CACGUGUUCGCAACGUGCACACCCUCAAGACGUUUUAAUAAGCGGCACGUUGCGCGCGUCAUUAGCUUAUCAAUUAAGAUCGCUGCAGAAGUGGCAGCGUCGCCGUCCGAGAGUGCCGGGCAGUGAUGUCCGAGUGUGCAGGGGCGAGCGUGAGAGAAGAAGCGAUCGGCGGCCACGGGAGGUGAGGGGUGGGGAGGGGGGUGUUGCGUGAUUGUCACCCAAACUCUGCUUCGCCACUUCCCUUACACGCACAUUUGCCGCGGACCCUCCCCUCCUCCUCCUCCCAGCUGAUGCAGCCUUCGUCAACAUCGACAAGAGGAGGAGGAGGCGGCCGCCGCCGCCGCUGCUGCUGCUGCUGUCCCCACGCUGCUCGUCGCGGAUUAACGAUGGCAACAUCAUCAGCAACAGCAACAACAUCAGCAGCAUCAUCAUCAGCAACAUCAUCAUCAGCGGCAACAAUGGGAGCUCGCUAGCAGCUCGCCGCUCGCUCACUCACGGGCUCAGGCGACUUCCACUCGCCUCUCUCACAUCGCCCUCUCGUCACGCUCACACGGGGGGGGUGUUAAUAGGUGCUCGCAAACUUCACACACUCACAGAGCCUUAAUAGGCACUCGCUAACUUUACACUCACAGAGGGACUUAAUAGGCGCUCGCUAACUUCACACUCACACAGGGGGACUUAAUAGGAGCUCACUAACUUCACACAAUCACACUCACAGAGCCCUAAUAGGAGCUCACUAAUUGCACACUCACAGGGCCUUAAUAGGCGCUCGCUGACUUCACACUCACACACUCACAGAGCCUUAAUAGGAGCUCACUAACUUCACAUAGAGCCUUAAUAGGAGCUCACUUCACACAAUCACACUCAAAUGGACUUAAUAGGAGCUCACUAACUUCACACUCACAUGGACUUAAUAGGCGCUCACUGACUUCACUUCACACACUCACACAUGGACUUAAUAGGCGCUCGCUAACUUCACACUCACACAUGGACUUAAUAGGCGCUCGCUAACUUAUCCAGCAGCGCCCAUCCGUCGGUGACAGGAGGUGGACUUUGUCGGGGGGCGACGCGAGAUGGACAAUCGGCCGACGAGGUGGAGCGGUCGCCGCGGGCUGCUGACGAGGCGUGGUGGAUGCGGCGCGGAGACGAGCGAGGUGGACGACUUGUGAAAGGUGGAAGGUUGACGCGGCGCUUUGACGAUGGACAUUGGAGGUAAAGCGUUGAGGGCGGAGGGCGAAUUCAAAGUGUUCAAGAUGGACAAUGGAGCGAGAGUGUUUGGUGUGGACGCGCUGCUGGAGAUGAACGGUGGAGGUGGAGCAUUGUGCGUUGACAGGGCGACGAAGGUGGACAACGGAGACGAAGCUUCCGUGGGGAAGUCGUUCAAGAUGGAAAAUGGGAGCAGUGGGAAAGAGGUGUUGAAGAUGGCAAAUGGAGGUGGAGCAUUUGGCGUUGGCGAGACAUUAAAGGUGGGAAAUGGAAACGUGGCGUUGGACUUGGACAAGGCGUUAAAGAUGAAUAAGAGAGGCGAGGCUUUGUGUACGAGUAAGGUGGCAGAGGUGGAAGAUGGGGACAAGGUGUUGCGUACGAACGACGUGUUAAAGAACACAGACGAGGGAGGCAAGGGCUCAGGUCGAGACGAGCUGGUGAAGAUGAACAAAGUUGACAAGGUCUCGCGGAAGGCCAAGAGAGACAAAGUGCCAAAGAUGUGCAAGUCGCCCAAUGCUGCCAAGGUGGACACCGUGUUGAGGAGAGAUGACGCCAAGGAGCCGGAUGGGGCGUGUGGACUGGACGAGGUGGGCCAGGUGUGCGACCUGGAUGCGCUGGACACGGUGUGCGAGGUGGACGAGUUGGGGCCACUCGAGCAGAUUCUGUCCGAUGGCGUCCUGGCCAAGGUUCGCUGUGGGCGCUCGUUCGCCAUGGCUCGUAGCGGACGGGCGCUGGUGACCCUCGACCACGCCGACCGGUUUGGGUACGCCGACGUGUCGGACGCUAUCGUGGACGUGCUCGUGUUGCCGCCUCCUGGGACCGCCACGACCGAUGUGGCGCCUGAGCCGGAGGAGGAAUCGUCCACGGAGGCGACGGCGGCACCCCCUCCUGCUGUGGCACUGGUGGCAGUGGUGUUCGAGAGCGGGCGCGUGGAUUUCUGGAGGAGUGACGUGCGGCGGCAGCGGCACGAGAUGUCACCGGCCGGACGUGCCAACCUGUGCAUCAGCCCUCGUGCCAGGGUGCUGUCUGCGGCCGCUCUCUCGUCGUGCCUGCUGUGGUGCGAGGCCCGCUCCUCUUCCGCGCCACGCUCCAGCAGGGACCUGCUUCUGCGCCACUGCGUGUGCAGGCGAGCCGUGUCGCAGGCCACCGCCGGCGGCCCCGUCACGCUGGGAGGCGUGCAGGUGCUGCUCCACGGCUGUCCCGCCUUGCAUGUGGUGCCGUCGGCGGACGUGGUGCACCUCGUGCCCUUCCAGCGGAACCCCACGCCCCUGCAGUCGCUGCUGCCGCUGUGGUCGCCGCGCGACGGCACCGUGUCGGCGGUGGCCCUGCGCCGCGGCGGCAUCGUCUGCGCGAAGCGCCCGGACUCGGACGCCGAUUUCAAGGGCCUGGCGCUGGGCUGCGUGAGCCCGCCGCCCACCGGCGAGCCCGUAGUGGCGCACGCCGCUUGCCGCGGAGGGGGCUUGCUGCUGGGCCUCUCCGACGGCCGGGUGUGGCGUGUGGAGCGCGACGGGACGUGCCGCGUGUUGUGCCGCUGCGAUCUGUUGCGGCGCGGCUCGCGUUUGGACAUGCUGGCUGUCAAAAACGUGUUGGCCGUUGCCUCUGAUAGGGACGUGGAAAUGUUCGACACUCGGAGUGGGCAUCUGAUAAGGAAAAUAAAGGGCAGCGUUUGCAUCUUGAGCAUCACGUCGGACAGGGACGAGGAUGAAUUUCGUUUUCUGACUGAAAAAGGAAUUUACCGAGCUGACACGGAGCCAGCACGAUCGCACGGCAGUGGCAGCCUGAGACCACAGGACGUUUUAUCGGCUUGGGUCUAUGAAGAGGCUUGCAGUUACUACCAGAAACGAAGUUUGACUGGCAACAAAAUUACACCGGAGCAGCUGAAACAAGGUGGCGCUGGAAAAGGAGCUGCUUCUGUUGUGGCCAUCCUUUCCCAUGCCGUGUGUCCCAAAAAAAAUACCAAUUCACAGGCUGCACCCUUUUCUGUGAAUCUGGAAAAUGCACUGAAGCCUUUGAUCGAAAGCUAUGUAAAAAUUGAACAAAUCAAGCGUACAUUUGUUGUGGAUGAUGAAGCAGAAAUUCAAUACGCCGAGUUCAUCAAAGAGGAGGUGUCCAGGCUGCUGCAGGGCAGGGACAUGGACACACCUAAGCGAUUCCAGAGUCUCCUUGACACAUUCCUGAGUGAAACUCUGUCAGCAGUUUUGGACAUCCUGGGGUCCAACGAUGAUGGAGCAGCAGGAGCAGGAGCAGCUGGAGGAGGGCUAAACGAAUCCUGGCGGUGCGUGAUGCAGGAGAGCACGGACCGGGACUGCGUGCCACCCGUCUACGAGCAGCUCUGCGUCGCGCUGUACCAACACCGGCCCGAAGAUCUGCUUCCCUUUGUGGGAGCGGCACAGGAAAGUCAGCGAGCGGUGCCCAGGUCACGUCUGUCGGCCGACAGUGCCGCCACGCCUCCGCACCUGCGAGCGCUGUUCGUGCUGCCGGAGAGCAAAGGCGGCGGCGGCGGCGAAGAAGCGGCGUUCAUCCGCACCGAGCUUCUGUGCAGAGGCUCGCCGGAGGACGCCGCGCAGGCCAUCCAGCUGCUGCUUAGCAUGGGCAUGUGGCAGCAGGCUGUGGCGGCCGCCAGCAGGUACCGCAUCGACAACCAAAUGCUGCAGGCCCAGGUGUUCACCACCUUCCUCGAUGCGUUUACCUGCAGCCGGGGGCUGGACCCGUACGUGGGCAAAGUGUGGGAGUUGUGCCCGGACAGCAUGACCGCCACGGACGUGCUGGCCACGGUGCUGCACCGCUUGCCCAACUCGCACGACGAGGCGCAGCCCUUCGUUCGGAGAGACGCGCAGAUCACCAUCGAGCUGCUGCGGCCACUGUUGACGCGGCUGCUGCUCAAGGAGAGCGCACGGUUCGAGAUGUGACGGCGUGGUUUUUUUAGUUGCAGAGCGACGGUACAAAGUGUCGUGGUAGGCCGUGAUUUGAAAAUAACAUUUAAGGAAUAUACCUCAUGGCAUUGCCGGCGCACGCGCAUUUGUGGCACAGCGCUUCUGGAAGUGGGUUGGAGAGAGAGAGGGAGAGGGGGGGCACCACUCCAUUCAGAGGUGGAGAUACUUGAAGAGGUUUUAAACUUUGAAGUGCUUGUUGCUGCAUUGCACAUUCACAUUGUGCUUGAAUUGCGGCGACUGAAGUUUGCCAGCCUUGUGUUACAGAGGGCGUGUUUCGUUGGGCCCUCGGAAGAAGUCGAGGCCUGGCUCGCCUUGUCUUCAUGUUAAAAAAAGCUGCCUCAGAUCGGUCACUUUGCAUGAUGCCUAAAUUGCACAAUUUUUUUUCAUGCGGUAAUAUUUAAACGUUUUUUUCUUUGCUGUUUAUUUUCUGUGGCCACUGUUGAGUUUGUUGCAAAUAUACAUAAUCACCAUUGCCACAAGCCAUGGUGUUCAGUUUCACUAUUGGUUCUGUAUCAAAUGUGCGAACUAUAGUGCAGUUAUUCAACCAUGCUUAUCUUUUCAAAUAUACGGAGCAGCCCAAUGUUCGUGACUCAUUGUGUUCCACCUUAACAUUGUUCAAACUGGGCAUAAUCGUGGGGGUGCAGUGGUAUUUGGUUGGAAGUAAUCUUUGUUAAUGUGUUUGUUAAUAUAAAGUAAAUUGUUGUAAAGUUGUACAUUAUUGACAUUGCAUUGGCUUGCCAUGGCGUUUACAAAAAGCAAAAAAAUUAUUGCAAGCAAAAUAAUAACACUAAGUAUUUCAGCUAAUAAUGCCACAUCAGCAAAAACAUUAAUAGGUAUUUAUUUUCUGGUACAAAUUGUCAGUAUUUAUAUGAACAAGAAUGUACGGUUCGAUGCGUCGCACUAAAAGUGUGGGAUCCGUUUGCCACGCAUACUCGAUGGGACUCAAUGUUCCAAAUGAAUGUGACCCGUCUAAAUGUUGGCAGCAAGGCAGAUUCUAUGCCAUCCACAUCCGAUAUAUAACAGUGGGUCUGUACCUAGUUGCUCUACAAGGCAACACGAUUUAGAUGAAGCACAACUGUCCAAGAUUGUGGAAUGUAUGUUCGGGUUUCUAAACAGAUGCUGUAUUGUCAUAUAAAAUUAUUUUAAAAUGAAGCAGAAUGUAACGACUACUAUUCCUUUUUCAGAAAUGUUUUUACUUUUUUCGAUUUUCAAGUUAUUUUCGCUUAAAAAGUGUUCGCUUGAAUGUUUGAUUAAAUAACUGAACUCCCGCCGCUUCUACUUUCGUGACCACGUCACUGCACAACACUUCCAGUUUUCCAAGGGAGCACCCACAAAUAAGCAGAUUUGAUUGAAUAUCCGUCUGCGGGACUCCCCUCGAGACCCCCCUGAUGCCCUGGCAGGAGCCACGGGCAAGACAUGGCUCAAUGGCCUCUCACUUGCGUGUGGAUUUUCUACAGGGGGUGGGAAUGUACGAGUUGCUCAGAGUUUCCACGCCUUCUGAUGUGCAGGAAGCAGCGAUGAUUAUUAAAAGAACAUCUUUACGUAAGAUGAGUGUUGAUGUCCGUGAUUACUUUUUUUAAAUAUUUGCUAAAUGGUAAUACGAUACACAGGAAAAUUGCGUGCAAGAUUUGCUUGAUCAAAAUAGCUCGGUUGAUAUUUUCACACACUGAUAUCCAUGUUUUCCUAUAAUUGGAUUUAAUCUUAAAAAUAUUAAGAAAGGAACAAAUUCGUGGUGCCAAAAAAUGUUUGUGCUGAUAUGGGCCGAGUUUCUUUGGAAAGCUAAAUCGAAUAACGAAAAGUAGAGUACCAAUGUUUCCAAAAAAAGAAAACGUUUAACCAGUGCAGAGUGCUAUGAUUUUUUUUAUGGAAAAAGCUCAAAUGUGUGCAAACAAGUAUUGAAAGACGCCUUCUUGAAAUCACAUUGGACCGUUUAUGAAAUGGACUUGAGCAGGACGCCGUCAGUCAAAGGGACGGCGGCUCAGGGUGGAAUGCGCCUCUCGAAGCCACCCGCAGCAGAGGAGGCGCGCGUGGGCGCGAGACGAUGAAAUCCGGUCGCAGCGUGCAGGUGGAGGUGCUGGCUUCGUCGCUGGACGGAUAGCGACCACUUGGGGGAGGGGCAUUUAUCCACAGGUGGAUUCAUUCUAGAUUUGAAGCUUUCGUGACUGCAAGGAUUCAUAUUCUUAGGUUUUUUUCGGUAAAGUCACGUAGGUAAAAAAAUUAAAUGUAUAAAAGUAAAAUAAAAAUCACGACAUUUCGGAGGCAACACAAGCUUCCGUCUUCAGGUGGAACCGUCACAGCACGAUAGCUGUAUCAAGUAAGAUACAUUUCAAGAAAACAGUCCUUGUAUAUAUACUGGUUGAGGGUGGGAGGAGCCAAGGUAGGCCCUGGAUAUUAUUAUUGUGAGGUUCGGUGCGGCUGAAGCACGCUGCUAGGAAUGAGCCUUUGUUGUGUAGACUGGUUGAACUCGGAGGUUCCAAGAGUUGUUAAGGUGCGGCUGAUGUAAAGAUGCGUGUAAAUGGGACUGAGCCUUUUGUUAUGUAGAGGUGGUGCGGCUGAAACCGCUGCCAGGAAUGAGUCUUUGUUGUGUAGACUG